GAAAGGAAGAUUACAAAGUUUGACAAAGCUUCUCUACUCUCUCACUUUGAUAUCUUCACUCUUUCUUCCCUUUUCUUAUCUACCCACCAUGGGUGGUGGUGAAAACCACCGUUACCACCACCACAAGAAGAUGAACAUGAACCCCCAUGAUCAAGAAAGGAACACAUUCCUUCCAAUGCUAUGUUCAAGACCUUCCAUCAAAGACGUGUCUCUCCCAAGAUGGAAGAACAACCCUCCAUCAUCAUCAUCUUCUUCUUCUUCUUCUUCAAACGAGCCUUUGUCACCAAGAAUUGGUUGCAUGGGUCAAGUGAAGAGAAACAACAAGAUUGCAGGCUUCCCAACUUCUUCAUCAAUCUCACACAGACUCAUCACCACCACAACCACUUCAUCUUCAUCUUCUUCACCUUCACCAGUUUUCAUCAAAUACACAAAACUCAAGAGCAUCUUCAUCACUCCCAAACACUUUCUCAAUACUCCCACAAGAACAAGAACAACUACUCCUACUGUUAUUAAGCAUCAUCAAAGGGUAGUUGGAAAGAGUAGUGGCCAUGGGGUUAAUAGUGAAAGUGAGAAGAAGAAGAAUCUUGGUUGUUCAUCAUCUUCGUAUUCUAUAGUAAGCAUUGAUGAGAUGGAUCCUCCAUUGCCAGUGCAGAUAAAGAAGGAGAAGGAGAAGGUGGGAGAAGAUAAAGAUAGUCUUUGGAAAAGGAGAAAAUCAGGUUCACUCCAAAGCUUGCAGCUUCAACAACACCAUCCAAUCAUUCCUCUUCACCCUACAACUCUUUGAUUUGAUUUCUUUUCAUGGGAUUACUUCUUUUCUUUCUUCUAUGUGGAAUCUUCACAUAAAAGUUAAAAGACUAUGUAAGACAGAU